AUGCCUCAACAGCCCCUCCAACUCCACUCUCUAACCUCCUCCCAAAUACACUCUCAAAUCGCCCUCUUAACCACCAACCUCGUCUCAAUAACCGACAAAUCCGGCCACUUCCUCCUGUCUCUACCCGAUGGUCGUAUAAUCGACACCAAAGGCUGGAAUGAUUGGGAAUGGACCCAUGGCAUAGGCCUCUACGGCCUCUACCAAUACUAUUCUCAAACCAAUUCCCAAGAAACGCUAAAAAUCAUUACAUCCUGGUUCUCGGCUCGAUUUAAAGAGGGAACAACAAAGAAUAUAAAUACAAUGUCCCCAUUUUUGACAUUGGCAUAUUUAUACGAAGAAACGAGGGAUCAGACUUAUAUUCCAUGGUUAGACAGCUGGGCCGAAUGGGCGAUGUAUGAUCUCCCUCGUACAAGAUUUGGAGGAAUGCAACAUAUCACGUACCUCGAAGAAAACUAUAACCAACUAUGGGAUGAUACAUUAAUGAUGACCGUCAUGCCGCUCAUCAAGAUUGGGAAGAUAUUUAACCGACAGCAUUACAUCGAAGAAGGAAAACGUCAGUUUUUGAUUCAUAUACAAUAUCUUUUUGAUACUGAAUCAGGAUUAUUCUUCCAUGGCUGGCAGUUUAAUAAAGAUGCAAAAGGUGGAUUGGGUCAUAACUUUGCGAGGGCGAGGUGGGCGAGAGGAAAUAGUUGGUUAACAAUUGCUAUUCCAGAUGUUCUUGAAUUGCUGGAUCUACCGAAGGAUGACCACUUCCAUAUAUUUUUGGUAGACGUGUUAAAUGCACAAUGUGAGGCGCUGAAGAAACUACAAGACCCGAAGACGGGCUUAUGGAGGACUUUGUUGGAUGUGAGUGAGGAAGAGGGAUCAUACCUAGAAUCCUCAGCGUCGGCGGGAUUUGCUUACGGAAUGCUGAAGGGGAUCAGGAAGAGAUAUUUGAAGAAGGAGGAAUACGAAAAUGUUGCUAUCAAGGCGAUAAAAGGGGUUCUGGGAAAUAUCAGAUCAGAUGGUGAACUGAUGGACACAAGUUUCGGGACGGGAAUGGGCAGGGAUUUAAAGCACUACCUAGAUAUCGAGAGGACGAGUAUGCCUUACGGGCAAGCAAUGGCUAUGAUGGCGCUAGUAGAGUUACUCAGACUAUUUAUCUAG